AUAAAGAAUUUCCAGGGGCUAAUAAGACAACAACAAACAUUUGAGGGAUUGUUGACAGCUUGGAACAAGGCCAGAUGAACAACUGUAGCAAGUGCUCCAUUUCACACAAAGAUGUUUCCACAUGUCAAAGUUUCUUGCGGUGCCACUUGGCCCAUCUAAAGAAGCAGAUGGCCCAACAGAGGGCAGAAUAUGAAGCUAUUGUUUUAAGCCUGGAGCAACAGAAUAAAGAAAGGGACAUAGAAGUUAAGGAUCUACAUUCAAAAUUGGAUCAGCAACGGCAGUGGCAUCAUUUAGUAGAAACUAAAAUAUGCAAUGCAGAGAGGGCACGCAAGGAUGCAGAGAGGAAAAAUGAAACUCUUCAGAGAGAAAUGGAAGAGUUUUUUUGCACUUUUGGAAAACUAACAAGCGAAGAAAAGUUGCCGGAGCAAAUUCAUCAAAGUUUUUAGAUGCUAUCUGAUCCUAAUUUCAUCUGACGAGGAAAAAAAUACUAUACAUGAACUCAUGCUCCAAGUACUUAAAAGGUAAAAAUACAAAUGAAGUUCCUCUCUGUUGUAUUUUUUAAAAUAUUAAAUGUCUAGUAAGGUUUUGUUGGAAGAGAAUUACAUUUUUAAAACGGUCUGGAAUGAUUUAAGUACUGGAAGAAUAAUCUAGAGUAUGCGUUUAUUAAGAAUAGAAAAAAGAAUUUCUAUAGCAAGCCCCAUUCUUGCAUCCACUGCAAGAUAAAAAAUGAAAGACUAAGAGUUGCUUUGAAUUGGGGAAUCCAGUUUGGGAUCCUGCAAUGAAUUCAAACAUCUCUCAAGAUUCUAAUGUGUUGUUAAAAUUA